GUUAAUUUUGGAAUCCUGUCCAAUUAAGAAAUUAAUGGUGGUGAUGAACAACCAUCAGAAAUGGAAAAUCUGCUUGAAGACCUGGCAGAAAUUUCAGAAGCAACAGAGACAAGAAAAGAAGAAGAAAGUGACAGGAAGAGAAAGGAAAGUGAACAAGAGAAAAACAAGGGACGUGAGAUGAGGGACAAGGCAUUAGAACGAUUUGGUGAGACAAGAAAAAGGCAUGCAGCUGAUGGGGAUGGAGAGGUGACACAAAAUAAGAGAAGACGAUCAUCAUCAGACACGCUAGAAUGGUUGAGGGAGAGGAGUAUAGAAGAGAGAGCACUGAAAGAAGAAAAACAGAAGCAAAAGAGUGAAGAGUUAGAUGCCAUCAGGAAGCAGCAGAUGGACCUAACGCAGCAACUUGUGAAUCAACAACAGAUACAACAACAACAGUUUCAACAGCAAAUGCAACAACAGCAGCAACAGCAGCAGCAGCAGCAGCAACAGCAACAAUUCAUGAUGAUGCAGCAACAAAUGCUUGCUGUUAUUCAGCAAUUAUCUACAAAGAAAAUAUAACUUGUUAGUAUGGCAUUUUUGUUUUGUUUUUACUCCUUUUGUAUCUAUAUUAGUGCCUGAACUUGUUCUUUGACACUUAAAU